AUGAAUUCCCAGAGCUUUCCGUUCCCUUUGCCUGACAGACAGUUAGUACAGGACUGUUGGCAAACACUAAGGCUAAGCAAACACUCACUUCUCGACUUGGCGUCCUUCUUGGGCGGCCGGCCGCGGCGUCCGGCCUUCUUGACGGCGGGGGUGGCGGCGGGCGUGGGGUCGGAGGCGGCGGGAGGAGGGAGGGCGUCGAGGUCGAGGCAGACGUUGUUUUGCGGGCACAAGAGGUCGAAGGAGGGGAAGGCGAACUCUGGCGGCUGGAAGUGCUGUUGGCGGGCGUGUUGUUGGCGCAGCAGUUGCAGCGCUCGACUGAUUCGCUUCGUGCCGCGACUUCCCGCGCAGGCGGCCUUCACGCUCUACAACUACCUGAUCGGGUUCGUCAUGUUUCACGUGCGGGCGCCGGUAGAGUCGUCGCAGGAAGUCAUAGCGACCGUCCUGUCCAUCCUGUGGCUCGUCGUGCCCAACGUCCACGGCCUCUUCCUCAAGGAUCUCAAGCAGAUUCUGCGCAAAGAGCAGUGCGACGCCUCGCUCCUCAUCACCGCAAACGUGCCGUCAGCCAAGAAGAUCAUCGUCCACGGCCCCGACGCCUCCGUCAUCCCCUCCCAGUUCCCCAUCCACGAAGACACGCAGUUCUCGCAGAUCCUGACCGAUAGUCUCGACUUCUUCGGCAUCGACGAAGACAAACACAACGAGUACUUUCUCGUCGACUCCAAAACCAACCAAAUGCACAAUUUGAAUGCUUUCGUCCGCGACUUCUACUUCUUCAAGCGCUCCCAAUAUCCGCAAAUCUCUUUGGUUCACAUGAAUCCCACGGACGCCUUCGACCGCCUCCAGAGACAGGCCUUCACUCUGCAGUUCGUCGAAUUGGGAAAAACUCUCAUGUGUUUGUCGCUAAUCAAGUCCUCAUUCCUCGGCAUUCAAAGAGUUCUCUUUCUGCACGAAGAGCUCAUGAAACUGCCGUCGUUUCCGCGCAAAGCCCUCGAAGCCAACUUCAGCCUCUAUUCGGGCGCCACGGGUCAGGAAGUGCUGGGAAUGGACACUCUCCACAAGAUCGUUUGGGUCAAACUCGUGGCGCGAAUGUUCGAGGCCACGAACGGCUUCUUCGUGCAGUCGGCGGACAUCCAUCUCUUCCUGAACGUCGUGAACGGCGCUCUCAUUCUUCACUGCGAGAACUCGUCGAUGAUGCGUCUUUGUAUGGCCACGUAUAUCAACGCCGCGCAUCAGUUCCGCAACAUCUUCGCGGCCAACGGCUAUCUCCUGAUUAUGCCCACCAUUUGCCGCAUUUACUCGAACCACCAGACGAACGGACUCCUCUGUCGCACCAUUGAGUUCGUCUGCAAGCAGUUCUACAUUCUUCACCGAAAGCCUUUCGUUCUGCAGAUGUUCGGAGCGGUGGCGCCACUGCUCGACCUCGACCUCCAGUCCCAAUUCGGCGACGCCUCCAAAGUGCAGCCGCGCGCCUUCUUCCAGUUGUUGCAGUCUUUGGGACAAUACAUUGUGGAUCCGCUCGAUAUCCUGGAACUGGCUCUCGAUUUCUGCUAUUGUAUGGACGCCGAGACGCUGUCCGUGUUGGACGCCAUCUCUCUGUGCGUGACAGUCGUCUCGUACGCGGCGGACACCGAACGCGGACACCAAAUGCUGACCGUUUUGGAGGCCAUUCUUCCCCUCCAUCUCAAACACAUGCAGACUCUGACCACGAAGAAGGAGACGCCCGGCGGUCCGCGAACCGAACUCCAAGUCAUUCACAACGUCUCGGUUUGCAUGAAGACUCUGGUCUACAACUCGGAAGCGCUGACCCGCAACUUCACGGGUCCGCAGAGAGCCAUCGAUUUGCGCGGUUCGUCCAUAAAGAACGCGUCGAAAGGCGCCUACAGUCCGCCCGGAGUCGAGAUCGACGACGACAGCCACUCCAAAUACGUGUCCGACAACUACUACUCGCGCGCGCGGAACCAGUACUCGAGCGACGCGAGUGAUGGCGAGAGCGUGCGGACGGACUUCCGGCGUCCGCGAGACGUCCUCCUCAAAGUGGUCGCCGAGUUCUUGAGUCGGUCGACGGCACGACUUCAGGACCUGAGCAAAAAGCUGCCGGAUUUGCACCAAAAGGGCUCCACUUAUGAGUUGCUGGACGUGAAGAGUCACUUGCGAUUGGCGGAGAUCGCGCACUCGCUCCUCAAGAUGGCGCCGUACGACCCGCAGACGAUGGCCUGUCGCGGACUCGUGCGCUACAUGAAUGAGAUUCUGCCGAACAGCGAGUGGCGUCAGGAGCAGAUGCGGCCGGCGCUCAUUAUGGUCUUGCGACGCCUCGACAAGACCUUCACGAAGAUCGCCAAGAAGUCGGCCAUCAAGCGCUCGACG